AUGUUGAUUGCUGGAGGUAGAACAAUUGUAAAACCAGAUAGCCAUUCCCAGACAGUGAAUGAAGAGAAAGCAAUUGUGAGACCCCAGAUAGGUUCAAGACCACCAAGGUGUGAGAAGAGGUGCAGUUCUUGUGGGCACUGUGAGGCCAUUCAGAUACCUACAAACCCCCCAAAAAAAUCUGGAAACAGAAACUCUUCAACAGUGUCCACAAUUGCGUAUGCCGGAGGUGAUGACAACUCCAAUUACAAGCCCAUGAGUUGGAAAUGCAAAUGUGGGAACUUCAUCUUCAACCCAUAA